GGUGACCAUCGGUGAUUUCCGGUAGGAAGCGUUCUGCCGUGACCGGGGUAACCAGACCAGACACAGCUGCAGAAGGACAACAUACACCCCCUUAUAUACACGUGCAUAUAUAUGCAUAAAUAUAUAUAUAUAUGCGUACACAUAUAUACAUACAUGUUGGUCUAGAUUAGAGCUAAGACUUCACUCGAAGCUGACCUGCUAGACAAUGCAUUCGAUGUACGUGCUUGUCGGUUUCCUUCUUGUCCUCGAUAUAUUUCUCUAUAAACCAGCGCCCUCGCUCACCCCAAAUUUGAAGUUGUGGCAUGACAAGGGAGACUUUUACACCUACAAACACUUCCAUAUUUUCUACAUAGAUGAACAGACGUCUGUAAAUAAUACCCAAAUAUUAGUGUGUUUACAUGGAUAUCCCACCUCCAGCUAUGACUGGGUCAAGAUUCAUGAUGAUCUGGUCAAGAUGUUUUCAAGGGUCAUCUACAUUGAUUUCCUUGGGUUUGGUUUCUCUGAUAAACCUAGACACUACAAGUACACCAUCGCGGAGCAAGCUGACAUCAUUGAAGCUUUCUUAGAGUCCAAUGGAAUUGACAGUUACCACAUACUGAGUCACGACUAUGGUGACACAGUGGCACUGGAGUUACUGAGCAGAUUUAACAGCAACAAAGGAAAGAAGAUUGUGUCUCUGGCCAUGAUGAAUGGAGGAAUUUUUCCAGAAACUAACAAUCCGAGACCAAUCCAAAAGUUACUCCUUGUUCCAGUCCUUGGCAGUAUCAUUUCCAAGAUGGCUUUCUAUCACCUGUUCAAAUUUUCGUUUUCUGAGAUUUUUGGGACCAAGAAACCAUCAACAGAUGAACUUUGGGACUUUUGGGUGGUCUUUGAGCAUAAACAUGGCAGUUCUGUCAGCAGUGAACUGAUGCAGUUUAUACCUGAGAGAACACAGUACAAGAAACGGUGGGUGGGAGCACUAGUCAAGACCACUGUCCCAGUGACCUUCAUCUAUGGACCUGCUGACAUUAUUAAUCCUACACAAUUCAUCACACAUUACAAGAAACUAUUGCCGAAGCAAGACCUCAGUGUGUUAGAUGAUGGUGUGGGCCACUACCCCCAGUGGGAGGCCCCUGUUGAAGUGGUGAAGGCUUAUAAGAAAUUCCUGAAGAAGGUCAUUUCAUGAAGACUUUCUCAACAUUUUUUUGCAUUCACAGAAGAAAAAUACAAAACACAACAAUAAACAACAGCAAUAAUAAUAAUAAUAAUAAUAAA